AUGUACACAGGCACCCUUGAUUCGCUGCCGCACGAAAACGACCCCGCCGUCAACGUCGACGAGCUGUGGAGACGCACGUACAGGCUUGCACAGGAGUACGUGGUUGAGAACGAGCCGGCCGCCGUGCUGGAGCGCAUACACACGGCCCACUCAGCGUUGCAGAAGACUGCGCUGCUGGCCGCGAUGCUGCAGAGCGGCGUGCUGGCCGAGCAGGACGAGACAGGCCGGCACCGUUCUUGUGGAGGUUGUGCGCCGCGUGGGCGACACAGCAUCUCUGAAUGCAACAUUUUAUUAUUUACAUCAUAUCACCCUCGAGCACCUGUACUCUCGCCGGUGCUACCGCGAAAUAGCAAGUCUGGAGCCGCUGUUUGCGCGGCACAUGGCGAUCGACCCGCUCAAGCUGCGCAGAGACGACGUGUUCGACGCGUACCACGCGCUCGCCAUGUCGCUCAUGAACAUGGGCAGGUACCAGGAAGCACACAGACAGUUCCAGAUUCUGUUCAAGCUGCCGGUGUGCAGAACACUGCCGGCCAUCCAGAGCCUCGUCGCAGCGUACACGGUCAACCUGGUGCUUGUCGGGCUGAAAAAGGACGCCAAUCUGCUAAAAUACGGCGGCUUUGUGAGUCCCGCGUGCUGCCAGCUGAUCCAGAGCUACCAGACCUGCCAGCCGACGAGUUUUUCCCAGACGGUGGCCAAACUCGCCAAGGAGACGCACGAGCUGGCGCCGGAGGUGUUCCGCGACCUCGAGACACAGAUGCGGACGCGGAUCUUGCAACUGAGUCUCGAGCCGUACAAAACGGUCGACCUGGCCACCGUGCGGACGAUCGACGAGCGCGAGGACGUGGCUCUGCUUCUGCGGCGGCUCGGGUACGCCGUGGACGCCGGGACGGUUCACGUGCCGCGCACGGGCCGUCGGCAGCCGCUCGACACGACAGCGCUGGUUGCGGCGAUCAAGUCGCUCGACACGGUCACCGCCAAGACGAAACAGAGCGCACAGCUAAGAGAGGCACAGGAGCUGUGCAAACAGCGCAACCUGUCCGUCUAGUCGAGCUCGCCGUACGUGCCGCGCCGUUUCGUGGUGUCGUACUUGCGGAUGAUGUUUUCCUGGCCCUCGUCCUGCGAAAACGCAAACCCGCGCUGCUUGCGCAUGCGGUGCACCUGUCUGACCUUGCGGAUGGUUUUCUGGAACGAGGAGAACCGCGGCUUGUGGUCCUGGAUCUGGUACUUUUGGAUUUUCUGCACCUUGUGGUAGAACUCCGGGUUCCAUGUGCGCUUGUAGUAUUUCCACAGCAGAUCGCGGAGCAGACACAGCACAGGCACGAUUAUGAUAGUCAUCCAAUAGACGAGCGAGCCGAAGAUCUUUGGCACAACGCCCCAGUACUCCUUGGAGACGCCGACGUGGGGCGCGACGCUGGCGUACACGGGCAGAACCACAAACAGGAGCGCGAGCGAGCCGGGAAUGGCCACCAGCGUGAACUUGGUCCAUUGAGACGAAAUAAGGGCCGCUUUGCCCAGAGCGGUCACCAGACACGCGGUGUAGAUCGCAAUGCCGAACCCCCAGUGGUCCAUCGUCGUGCCGUCGGCGAGCUGGUUGCCGUACUUGAAGAUGUUGAUGAGCGCGAUGUAGAUGAUGGCACUGUGGUAGAAGCCGUUGACGGCCCACGACCAGAAAAUCUCCACGUUGAAGAAGUGGCCCGCCUGGCCGAUUUUGUAUAG